AGCAUGCCGAGUAUUGCCGAGCGCGUACUGUCUCGUUCGAGUCGUAUUACGAGCCGAUCGCGAAGGGACGUGUGUUUUCAGUCUUUAGGUAGCCUCCGCCCGUAACGCGUCUUUUCUUCUGUUUCCUUAGUCUAGUAUUUAACGCUUUAAUUUCUUAUCUCGCGAGAUCCUUCCAUCACCGCCUAUUCUCACUAAUCCUUCGCUUUCUCUUUUUCCCACUUUUUGAACUAACCGAUACAAACAAAUUAGACACACGUACAUACACAAAUAUAUAUACUGAGUGCAUACGCGUCGAAAGAAUAUUCACACAUCAUAUAUAUAUAUAUAUAUAUAUAUAUAUACUAUGUAUAAUAUGUAUACAUAUGUAUAUAUAUAUAUAUAUAUACAUAGUACAUACACACGUUAACACAAGACUUAUACGCUAGUUCUUUCUCUUUCUAUGUCCUUGUUCUUUCUUUACAUCUUUCCUUUCCUUCUGGAAUAGAGGAAAAGACGAAUGAUCGUGAUACGACGUCAAUUUUCGUUUUCGUCGUCGUCGUCGUCGUCGUCGUCGUCGUCGUCAUUGCCAUCGUCGGUCAUCGUUGCGUGGUGGACGUGUGUUUAAUUUACGCAUAUUUCCUUCUGAAGAGUGAAAGAAAGAAAGAAAAAUAGGGAGAAAAAAUCAUUCCGAAAGAAAGGUGAAUCAUAAAUGUUGAUUUACGUGCGUCUGCAACGUUGUACUUUCCUUUCAUUGAUUUCUCCUUCCGUUCCGGGCGGCGGUGCAAGAGCGUGAUAAGAGAAGACUCGCUGCACUUGAGAAAAAAAAACAAGAACCAAGAAAAGAGGAACGUAACUAUUGUAUUUUACCUACCGAGUUUCUAACUUUUCUUUAGAACGAGAGUUAAGAGAGUGUCAAGCAAAAAGAUAAUAUAUAAAAGGAAACAGAAAGAAAGGAAAAUAAAUAGAGAAAUAAUAAAAAAAGAGAGAGAGAGAGGGACCGAAAGAAAAGAAACGUAUCGAAAAAGCAACAUAGACACAAAAUUAUAACAAGAAAAUACUGGAUAUUUUUGGAAGUGUGUGAGAAAGGUGAACGAAGGACAGAUUUCGUACGUAGUUAGUGACGACCCCUCAGAAGAGUGCAAUGAUGGCGAACGGAAUGGACACCGUUGUACAACAAAAUGGAGGAUCCACCCUCGGACAGACAUCCCAGGAGGAGUCGAAAACGAAUCUCAUCGUCAAUUAUUUGCCUCAGAGUAUGACGCAGGAUGAGAUCCGUUCUCUUUUUUCGAGUAUAGGAGAAGUCGAGAGCUGCAAGCUUAUCCGCGACAAACUUACCGGUCAGAGUUUAGGAUAUGGCUUCGUUAACUAUCAUCGGCCUGAAGAUGCUGAGAAGGCCAUAAAUACGCUUAAUGGUCUUCGUCUUCAAAAUAAAACGAUCAAGGUAUCGUACGCGAGACCGAGCAGUGAAGCGAUCAAAGGUGCGAACCUUUACGUGAGCGGUUUGCCGAAGAACAUGACGCAGUCGGAUUUAGAGAAUCUUUUCAAUCCUUACGGAAGGAUCAUUACUUCUCGGAUACUCUGCGACAACAUCACUGUACGACAGUUUGUGCUCGGCGGCGGAGACAAUUUGCCCGGCUUGUCGAAAGGGGUCGGUUUUAUAAGGUUUGACCAACGUGUUGAGGCCGAAAGGGCGAUUCAAGAACUGAACGGAAGCGUUCCGAAGGGCUCGAGUGAGCCGAUCACCGUCAAAUUUGCCAACAAUCCAAGCAACAACAAGGCGAUACCGCCGUUGGCCUAUCUGGCACCCCAAGCGACACGUCGCUUUGGCGGCCCGAUCCACCAUCCAACUGGCCGCUUCAGGUACAUUCCACUGUCGCCACUAUCCAGCACUGGCAAGGCCAUGCUUGCCAUUAACAAAGGCUUACAGAGUAGGUACAGUCCGUUGGCGGGUGACCUCCUUGCGAACUCGAUGCUGCCGGGUAACGCAAUGAAUGGUUCCGGUUGGUGCAUCUUCGUCUACAAUCUGGCACCCGAGACCGAGGAGAACGUCCUGUGGCAGCUCUUCGGUCCUUUCGGCGCCGUCCAGUCGGUAAAGGUUAUCCGGGACCUUCAGACAAACAAGUGCAAGGGUUUUGGUUUCGUAACGAUGACCAAUUACGAAGAGGCGGUGGUGGCUAUUCAGAGCCUGAACGGUUAUACCCUUGGCAAUCGCGUGCUUCAGGUUAGCUUCAAGACGAACAAAAGCAAAACCGCGUAGGGCAAACAACAACAAGCAGCGGCAGCUGCGGCGGCAGUGGUAGCUGCCGCUGCGGCGGAUGCGGUAGCGGUAGCAGCAGCAGCCUACGAUCAUCGUGAGCGACUCUUACGUACGGUGGCACAGCUUCCGGUAACUUUACCAGCUCAUGUCUACACCAAGAGAACCAAUCAUCAUCAGCAGCAACAGCAACUACAACAACACCACAACAACCACCACCACCACCACCAACAUCACCACCAACAGCAACAGCAGCACCAUCACCACCACUAUCAUCACAAUCAUCAGCAACAACACCAACAGCUUCAUGCCGUUGGCGGUCAUGUUGCUGGGAACAAUAGUGCCGCCAGUAGGAGUAGUAACAAUCAUCAUCCUCCUGGCAGUAACACUAUUCUCCAUCGUUCAACAAGCUCUCAGAAGCAGGGUCAUCCUAAGCAGCCCUUUUCUCUCCAGCGCUUGCCUUCGCGCUGGCAUGAGCUAACGCACUCAAGAUGGCCGCCUCAGGAACAUCAGCAACAGCAACAUAACGCGCAACAGAAGCAGAUCUCCUUCAAAAACAAGCCUACCCAACAGAUGGUCAACAACAAGAAGCAACUUCAGCAGCAGACCGAAAAAGCGUAAUGUCGUGUGCAUGUGUGUACCAGUAUGUGAAUGGAAGUAUGCGUUAAAGAUCAAGAAAACGGCAUGGAGAAUUCGUUUAUAAGAACAGGAAAAGAAAUAAAGAGAGAGAAAAGAAAAGAUAGGAGAUGUUUAUCAAGAAUCAAUGAAGUAAACUGCUAACAUAUUCCAACAAGGCUGAAAAUCGUUACCGAGAGUUCAUGUGGAGGGAUGACGAAAUGAGAUUAAAAAAUGUAAAGUUCGAUCGAAUGUUUUUUUUGUCUCUGUUUCUCUCUUACUUCUUUACCUUUUCUCUGGUUCCAUUUUUACUUCUAAUCAAAUCAGCGUCGUUUUCUUGCCCGUUUUGCAAAAAGAGAGAGAGAGAGAGAAAGCUAUCGAGUUAGUGGAUGAGUGAUGAAUGAAUAAAUGGAUUGAGUGAAUGCAUGAAUGAAUGGAUGGGUGAGUGAAUGAGUGAGUGAAUAAGUAAGUGAAUUAAUGAAUGAGUGCGUGAGUGAAUGAGUAAAUGAGUGGAAAUUGUCGAAAAAGUCGGUAAAAAGUUAAUUAUCCGUCAAAACAGAUAAAAAAGAGGGGUUGAACGUUGUUAAGGCGGUAAAGUCAAAAAGAUCGAUACGUCAGUUUGCUUUUUCAAGUAAAGUGUAGAUAAAAAGGAAAAAUAAAGAGAAAAAGAAAAAAAAUGGAAGAAAGAAGAACGGGACAGGGCUCGCAUAAGUAAAAGUUCGAGAUGAGUGGGCUGCUAUUGCUAACCAUGUUUUACGUACUUAAAUCUAGUUCAAUUCUUAACAAUCCUUACUAUUUAAGCGAGUAUAUUACGAAACUGUCUAAUGGUCUUCACUGUUGAAUCAGAAAGAGCCGAAAACUAAACAGAGAAUGAUUGAGAGAGUGAAUGAGCGAAUGAACGAUUGAGCGAGCGAAAGAGUGAAGUGAGUGCGAGAAAAGAUAUAUAUUAUAUGUACGUAGUGUGUGUAUAUAUAUAUACAUAUAUAUUUGUAUGUAUUAUACACAUACAUUUUACAAUAUAUAUAUACAAUAUAUCUUCUCUAUGUAUCUAUAUUACAGAUAGAGUGACAUAUGUUACGUCCAGCUGUUAAUACGUGUCACGUGUUCACCUACAGUUUAUAAUCGUGUGAUACAUAAUUUAAAACAAGGUGUGACGCAUAAUCCUACAUCGCAAUCUUAACAUUGAUAUCUCGUAUCAAUGUUAUCCACAGCUCGUUAUGUGGAUGCCGACUAGUGUCGGCGUUGGUAUUGAAAGGGUUAAUGCGGACAAAAAUGCAACAUACGUUACAUCGGAAAGAGAAUAAGGAAAAGAUAGAGAUUCUCGUAGCUGAGAGAUUACGUCGUUUCUAAUCAUUUAUAAUCUGUAAUAACUUUCUUUAAUAACUUUUUGUGCUAGUCAAGGAAGACACAGAGACACGUGUACUUUACCUACCACCGGUUUAUCCCAAAGAUCAGUCAGUAUUUGACUCGUUUGUACGUACGUUUUACGCGCAUCAUUUUUUUUAUUUUAUAUAAACAAAUGUAUUACUACUUUUAUUAUUACGGACAGUCGUCGAAUUAUUCUGAUAUCCUUACAUAACAAGAUAAAAAAGGGGGUGGAGGGAUAUAGAGAAAAAAAAAAAAAGAGAAAGAGAGAAGG